AUGUACGGUAUAACGCUGACAAAGUGCAAAAUAUAUUUCAACAAUAUCUACUCGACGGUGUCCCUGGAAGAGAAACUGGGUGGCGGGACCUACGGAGAUGUGUACAAAGGGAAGGUAAUCAAAUACAACAACAACAAUAACAACGACCUCUACCAAAAUACCAAUUACCUCCCAUACGACUACUACACGGAUGAGUUCGUCUUCUUUAGGAAAAAUAUUUAUGCGAUAAAAUUUUUCCGUGAUGAUUUGAAAACCAUAAAUGAAGAAGGGAUUAGCUGUACAACUUUGAGGGAACUGAGUUGUUUGAAGAAUAUCGGGAGACAUCCAAAUAUUUUGAGACUGAUAGACGUAACAAUAGAUAGACAAAAAUGCAUUAGUGAAUAUAUUAACCGCCAGAUAUUACAACAUCAUGCAUCCAACUUUCAGCACUCCAAAAAACUGGACAUGACACCUCUCUCAGCCGACCAAAAAUUUAUCUUCGCUGCGUAUGAAUAUUGUGAUGCUGGAGACUUGAAGAGACUCAUUCAGAAGACCAAAAUAACUGAUGACCAGGCAGGGCUAAGUUUGAAGGAAGCCAAAUGGUUAUCCUUCCAAUUAUUAAAUGGACUAGCUUAUCUACACAACAAUAAAAUGUGCCACCGAGAUUUAAAGCCUGAAAAUGUUAUGUUGCAACACACACCAAAUCGUAAAUAUUUACUUAAAAUUGGUGACUUAGGCUUAUGUAGGGAGUUAAAAAAUGACGGAGACAUGACUCCAACUGUGUGUACUAUUUAUUAUCGUCCUCUGGAGGUUCUUCUCUCCAAAUUUGAAAUGGCUAAGGGUAAGAAGGGGAAGGUCAAGGCUAGGGGGAAAGCCAAGGCGCCAGUCAAUGGCUUGUCCACAUGCGCCAAUCCACCUCAUGGAAAUAACAGCCAAAUCAAUCACCCCCAUGCGAGUGCUCCUCAUUCGAAUGCACCAUACCCCUCACGGGCCAUCUCCACUAGGGGUAUCGAUAGCACGGGUAAGAAGAGGAUACACGCUGCGAGCGCUGGGUGCACAAUUGACAGGGGGAGGGCCGAGGGGAACGGAGGAAAUAGAAGCGAUCAGGGGAAUGGUAACUCAAAUAAUAGGAAGAAGAAAAACAACAAAGAGAGGGGGAAAGAGACGCAUGGUGAAAGAACAGAGGAGGGGGAGAAAUACACACAACGAAAACGAGAGAGAGCGCGCAUGAGAGGAAUAGAAGAAGACGACUACUACAACAAUAAAGAUUUUCAGUACGGACUGAACGUGGAUAUCUGGUCUGCAGCCUGCAUCAUCUGCGAACUAAUUAUAGGAAGGCCUCUAUUCAGAGGCGUAACUGAAUUUGAUCUCAUCAUCAGAAUUGUGAAUUCCUUAGGAAAACCAAAUAAUGAUGAGCUGGAAUUUUUUAGUGACUCCAGAUUCUAUCCUCUUAAGGAAGAUUUCUUCAACGUUAAUAUAAAAAAUAAAAAAGAUGCUCUCAAUGUAAUAACGAAUGGAAGGAUAGAUGAGCUGGGCAUAGAUCUCCUCGUCAAAAUGUUAAAGUAUAACCCCAAUGAUAGAAUUACAGCUGCAGAUGCAUUAUCACAUCCAUGGUUUUCAGACAUACGUUUUGAUAACCUAGACGGAAUAGGAGUGUACAACUGGUAUGUACACUGCUUAAAAUAUUAUAUAGGAAUAAAAACAUUUAGAGAAAUUGAACAGAAGAAAAAGAAUCUUCUUACCACUACGAUGAUAUCUCAUUUUUUAUGCAAAUCCAAUGAUAGACAUGGAAAAAUUAUUUUUAAACUUAUCAAUGAUACCUUUAAAAAUUUGGGAGGGUAUAAAAAAAGUGGCAGAAGAUCCUUUGCUAUUUUUUCAGACCAGUAUGCCAAGGAUGAUAAAAAUGCCAAUGGGUUUAUUAAGAGAGCUAGUAUUAAGGUGUUGAAUGACAUGAAGGAAAAGAAUGUCAUCGAGACCAAGGAAGAAAUGUCUUUCUACGAUGACAGCACGAACUAUGUUACUCCUACUUCUACAUCUUCUAAGAGAAGGAAAUUCAACAGAUCCAGUUACCAUGCUGUGAACCCGGAAACAUCUUACGAAGGGGCAACACAAAUGCGCGUCAAGAGGAAUCUUUCCAUACCAGAUUUUUCCUCACCUGAUAGGAAGAAGCAGAGACAUAAGGAUCACUUCAAAUCCGCCACAACUACCAACCGUGCCGCUGCGCACCCGCUACCCACAUUCCAUGGAUUCACCUAA